AUGUCUAAAUAAUCUUAAGAAAAUUAACAAACUGAUUUAGUGCUAGGCUAUUGGCCAUUUGCAGGAAGAAAUAUGCCAGUUAUUUUUAUGCUGGAAAUACUAAAUAUCCCUUAUUAAGUUAAUAUUUUUGACCAAAACACAUGGUUUGGUAAAGAAAAAGAAGACCUCAAUUUAGAUUUCCCAAAUCUACCAUUCCUUAUUGAUAACUCUAAUGGUAUGAAGAUUACUGAAAUACAUAACAUCGUUAACUAUAUUCUCUAUAAAUAUGAGAAAGGAAGAAAUUUGUAGGACAUUCAUCGCUCAAGUCCUUACACCUAAAGUCGCAAUAGAGUUAAGUUGUCAGCUGAUCAUUCAUCAUAUAAUCCUAUCGACGACUUCAAGAUUGAUGAAAUCAGAUUUAUUUUAAACGAUGUCUUCACUCAAAUAUCUUCUGCUACUGCUAAGUUCCCCUAAGAAAACUAGAUAAAAUACGCUUAAGAUACCAUAGUACCAAAAUUGAAUAAAUUAAUUAAAUUUAUAGAACAAAAAAAUUAAGCUACUACAUCAUAUACUCAAUACUUUGUUAUGGGGUAUUUAAGUGUUGUAGACUGUUACUUCUACAUAAUAUCUAAGUACUUCUAGAAGUAUUUCCCCUCACUUUAUGAUGAUUACUCACAUGUAUUCGACUUGGUCCUUAAUAGCUUUGAAAAUAUUCCUGAAAUAAAAAAAUACAUCAAUUCUGAUAAAUAUCCAACUCUAGGGUGA